CUCCGUUUCCCACGAACAGGGAGCAUAUAUUUACCUAAGUAUGAUGCCAGCUUGAAGACUUCUUUGCAAAGUGGGGCCCAAGAAACCCAAACUAGAAAAACGCGAGGUUCUUUGAAAUGUGACCUUUUUUUUUUUCUCUCAUUUCUAGGGGAAGUAAUUUCAUGUUAAGAUUUUUUUUUUUGCAAUUUGUAUGCAUGAAUAAAAACACUUACUAUAAAAAAUAAGUGAUUUUCUUUUUGGCAUUAUAGUAGAUAAGAACAACUCUAUUGUAUUUAACUUGUAGAAAUAUUCGCUAACUAUGGUGUUCCGUCAGUAAAUGUUGGUUUCGACGUCACAGCUUUUCUGCAUUCAAUAAAAUGUCUGCAGGUUGUAUCAGUUUUAAAGGACAUCUACUUCGUCUCAAUUUAUGAACGAGAAACAUGAGAAAACAAGUUCUUUCUAACCAGUUGCCUUCAAUGCCUCCUUCUACCUCAUAUGGGAGUAAUAACCGUCGAGGUAACCUGUCAAGACAGCGGGACUACACCCCUUCUACAUGGGACAAAUAUUAUCAUAAAAAGCAUGAUAUAGAAGUUGGAAAAAAUACAUUCCGGGUAUAUGAAUGCGGAAAAGAAGGACCAGUUUUGUUUCUUCUUCAUGGAGGAGGGUAUUCUGGAUUAUCUUGGGCUCUCUUGUCUGCAACCCUCUGUGAACUUGUUAGCUGCCGUUGUGUUGCUCUCGAUUUGAGGGGACAUGGAGACUCUGUAACUGAAGAUGACACUGAUUUGUCUAGUGAAACAUUAUCAAGUGAUGUUGGUGCUGUAAUUAACGAAAUGUAUGGAACUGACAAUCCUCCGCCUAUUAUUCUCAUAGGUCACAGUAUGGGGGCUGCAAUAGCUGUACACACUGCUGUAAGGUCACUGGUACCCUCUUUGGCUGGUUUGGUUGUUAUUGAUGUUGUUGAAGGCACAGCAAUGGAAGCAUUAAGCAGCAUGCAGAGUUUUCUACGUGGACGUCCAUCAUUUUUCAGAUCCAUAGAGGAAGCUAUUGAAUGGAGUUUACGAAGUGGUCAAUUACGCAACGUUGAAUCUGCAAAAAUCUCCCUUGUUGGGCAAGUGAAACGUGUCGACACGGGUGAAACAGCAACGUUUGAACAAGAACAUCCCUCACAGGAAGCCAGGUCCACAUCGAAGCGAUCAAGUGACACGAUCGCCGAAGAGGACGAAGAGUCAGGUGACACUAGCCUGGAGGAAGUCAAGAGCGAAUCUUCCAGCAUGGCAUCUGCCACAACGCCGCCUCCUCCUACCCCACCACCUCCUAAUAUGGCACAUUCUCUUCCCGAAGUUUCUAGCACGACAAAUAAAAAGAACAUCUCAUAUCAAUAUACAUGGAGGAUUGAUUUAUCAAAGACAGAUAAGUACUGGUCAGGCUGGUUUAGAGGACUUUCUGAAAAAUUCUUAUCAUGUAAUGUUCCAAAGUUAUUAUUACUUGCUGGUGUUGACCGAUUGGAUAAAGAUUUAACUAUUGGUCAAAUGCAAGGAAAGUUCCAAAUGCAGGUUCUUCCGCAGUGUGGACAUGCUGUUCAUGAAGAUGUUCCAGACAAAGUGGCAGAUGUUUUAGCGACCUUUCUUGUCCGGCAUAAAAUGGCAAUCCCAAUUGGUGAUUUUGAAAGAACGUUUCCAGCUUGUUAACCCUGUUUUGGUGUUGGAUGUCAACAUGAAGUCAUUUUGAUACAAUUACUGCCCCUUUUCCAAACUACAUUGGUUUCUAUUACUGCACUUCUGAACUGAAGUUCACUGCAGCCCUUUAACAAAGCUAUCCCCAACUGUGAAAAGCUUUUGUUCAAAUAGUAACAUGAUUUGACCCUUAACAAUAGAUUUCUUCAUAAUUUAUAUUACCAAAAUAUUUCAUUGGUAUUUUUUUUUCUUCUUUUGUUUGAAGUUUGUUUUCUAAGUGUUAUAUUUAAAAUAAACUGCUGAAGAUAGAACCAUAAUCCCCAACACACUGUAAAGCAUUUUACCAGCUUUAUUUCCACAUGAAUGCAAGAAAUACUAUGAAAAGAUUCUUUAAUUCAUGAACAAAAACUUUGACAUUUUGGAAAUUAAAGAUGUAAAAUAACA